AAUUAUUUAUUUUGUUGAAAAAUGAAAAAAACGGUUUUCUGGCAUUGGUGGCACUGGCAGCUGGGUGGUGCUCGGUGGAAAUGCUGUGUUGCGUGGAAAAAGUAAAAAAGAAAUAGUUCUUGAAAUAAAAUAAUAGUUAAGUGAAAAAUGGCGAGAAAAGAGGACAUAAGCAGUUGCAUCGAUACCGCUCCAAACCAGAUUGAACAUUGCGAUGAUUCUUCGAAUGACAAUGAACCGUCAUCGUUCAGGUGGAUUGUCAACGGAUCGCCUAGGCCCAUAACGUCCCCGCAGCCUACGCCCAGUCUCACGCUCACUUCUUCUACAAUUUAUUUUGACAGUCCAGAGAAAUUAAGGCGCUAUCAAUUGUUAUGGGCAACCAAAAGACAGCUUAUCGACAGGUUCCUUGAAUCCUUUGAUGCUGACUGGGAAAUACCCACUGCUGUCGGUUUAGAAGAGUGUGUUGACGAGUUAGAGAUGCCACGGACCCCCCCAAGCAUCGUUCGAUACGAACAAAAUAAUUCAGGUUCACUUGAAUUAUUUGAUGAAACUUUGGUAACCAAAUCUUCAAACAAGAAUAACCGUGUGACGACGGAUAUACAGGAAUCGUCAGAACAGAAAACUGGAAAAGCAGUGAUCUCUGUUACUUCGGAUAUCUCUGCUGCAGUUUCAGACGAGUCUCAGGUCAUAAUAAGAGAAACUGUAGGCUGCAUCAUUCGAACGCUUGACAGCACACAAGAGCUAUCACCUGUCUUAAAAUCAAAAACAUCGGUGUUCUCGUUCAAUGAUUCGCUGGAAAACGAACCUCUAACGUGGCACGACUCCAGCACACCUGAUACGGUCUUAACACCUACGACUACGACCAAGACCACCAGCGUUACAGUUAAUUCAACGGUGGAGAACGGCAUUGCGUCAGCUGACGAAGGCCAAAAAAAUCCCUUCAAACUACAACCUAUAACGAGUUGUAUGAGUUUCAACCGCCGUGUUAUGCACACAUCGACACCUGCUCAAAAAUGUCUAUCAGCGAAGAAGACAGUUCAUUUCGAUUCAACGGUUGCGAAGCAUCAGAGUAGCACAGAUCUGCUAAUAAAGAUGGCGGUGGACUACGCCAGGAAAGAGUUCCAAGCGAUGGAAAAGACGAAAAAGAAACAAAAGAAACGCUCUAAACGACCGCCGACUUCGAACGCAGCAGUACAAGCAACGCCAGAAAUGGUCGACUUCUGCGAAAAUACCCCCAAAAAAUGGCCAUCGCUUAAGAAACGUGUUAAACAGAAGUCUGUCGCACAGACACAAAAAAAUUCUGUUUCCAGAAAUACUCGGUCACGAUUCAAAGCUAACGAUCGAUACGCACCUAUAGUGAAUUUGGAGCCGACCCAGCCGCCCCCCAAAGAAACAUUGAAAUCCAACGCUAUCAGAGCGGUUGAGCAAUCCGUCCCACGGAUUGAUCUGUUAUCACAAGAAACUACCAAAACACUGCAAACGGUAAAACAGGGGGACAGGCUGAAGCAGACAACGUUGUCGCCAUUUUUCAAUGGUGGAAUUCGAGCUAAAAAACAAGUCAGCGAGCUGCGGAAAGGACUGACGAGCUCAUCGCAAAGAGAGCAUCAGAUGACUUGCUAUCGUAAUAACAAAUCCAUCACGAUUGCGUCAAGUGAUAACCAGCCAACUUUGUCAUCAUCAUCCAUCGAAACGUCCGGAAGUGUUAUCAUCUUCGAAGAUGAUCAUAUUUGCCCCAGAAUAGACCAGCUCCUUUUAUCCAUGGUAAACAUUCAGAGCUCAGGCAGUGAUGUAGUUCCGUCUAGCCAGUAUGUUGACCCAGAUAACCGCAGAUAUCGCAGAUACAGCAUUUUGGUUUGUGAGCCUUCCUCGCAAAACGUGCAUACAGUCACUGGUGAUCUGGAAGAGCACCUACAGCUCAUAGAGCGGAGGCUCACUUUACAUAUUCAACAAACCACCAUACCGACCAUCGAGAGCCUGUAUUAUGGUCCCACCAAAAUUUACACAGAUGACAUUCAGGAUCUUUUAAUGGGAGUGCAGUCGGACGAAGAACUAACCCUACGUUGUGCCAACAAUGGAUCUGGCUCGGAUUCUGGUAUGGACGUCACAAUAAUACCGGCAACAUACAAUAUAGAAAAAUGUCGCUGCAGCACUAUCAGAGGAUCCCAAGAACCGGAUGGGUUUUCCCAGGAGUUUUCUCCAAUUCGCUUUUCAGAUACGCAGUUUGAAUGAUAAUUAUCACACACUGACAUAUCCAAUCCACUCUCAUUGAGUGUUCCCCGUGGUACUGGUACGAAAGGUGGAGAGUUAGGUAACUUAAAGUUAUAUUUUUAUGAAUCAUUGAUUAUAUAUCUGUAAAAGAUAUAUUUUUUACUUCGCGAAAUUGUUAUAAGUCUCCUUGUUCUGAUUCUUCAUUAUUAUUGUUAUUUGUAAAAGUGAUAAAUGAUAAAUAUCCAUUUCAAUAAAACUGAAUGUUAAGUUUGAACA